AACACUACAAGUUCGAUCUCUCCCAAUGAGUUCCUCAUUAUUAUGGUGUCUCCUAGUAUUUUUCCUAGUUGGUGAAGCAAUUCCAGCUGGAACUACUAACCCUAAAUUUGAUACAAACUAUGAGAUUACCUGGGGAUAUGAUCAUGUUCAGUCUAUAGACCAAGGAACACAAAUCCAGCUCUCCAUGGACAACUCUUCUGGCUCUGGGUUUGGAUCCAAGUUGAAUUAUGGUUCUGGAUUUUUCUCUUUGAAAAUAAAGCUACCUGAUAAGGACUCUGCAGGAGUAGUUACAGCUUACUAUCUGAAUUCACACAGUGAUAAAUAUGAUGUACUCGAUUUUGAAUUUUUGGGUAAUAAACAAGGGAAGCCUUAUACAUUACAGACUAAUGUUUUUACAAAUGGAGAAGGAAACAGAGAGCAAAGAAUUCAUCUCUGGUUUGAUCCAACAGCAGAUUUCCACUACUACAAAAUCCUUUGGAACCAACAUCAAAUUGUGUUUUAUGUUGACACUGCCCCCAUUUGGGUUUUCAAGAAUAUGACUAACAUUGGAGUUAACUACCCAACUCAAGCAAUGCAAAUAGAAGCAAGUUUAUGGGAUGGGGAGAGUUGGGCCACAGAUGGAGGCCAAACAAAGACAGAUUGGAGCCAAACACCAUUCAAAGCAAAUUUCCAAGGAUUCAACAUUGAUGGCUGCCCAACUCAAAACUCCAACACUAAUCAAUCUUGUAAUUCAUCUAAGUAUUGGUGGAACACUGAGAAAUAUUGGCAGCUAAAUUCCACCCAAGGAACAGAAUAUGAAGAGGUGAAAAGCAAGUACAUGACAUAUGACUACUGUUCUGAUAGAUCAAGGUACCCAUCAACUCCUCCAGAGUGUCCUCAAUGACAAGGACCUAACCAUCCUUCACCAUCUUCCUUCCUUCCUUUAUCACAAACAAGUCAUUACUAAUUCUCUACCACCCAACUGUGAUUCUUGAAUAAUAAA